CUGCCGCCUCUCCUCCGCAGGCUCUCGCUGCACGACGCCGCUUGCCAGGUCGCCCAAGAGGUCGCCGAGAAGAUCCAGGAGCGGAAUCGGUACCAAAGGAACGGGGAGAGUUCGGCCAAGCUCAACGUGAUUAUCAGAUCAUCACUGCAGAAUCUCAGAGAGAAGAUCGAUCAGCUGAAGGACUUACUGCUUCGGGCUGUAUCAACACACCAAAUCACACAGCUGGAGGGAGACAGGAGGCAGAAUUUGGUGGAUGACCUUCUCACAAGACAGAAACAACUUCAGGCAUCCUAUAAGAAUGAAGGUACAGAACCAGAUGUGAUAAGAUCUAGCCUAAUGACGGGAGGGGUCAAACGAGGUGUAACCAACCCAUGGCUCUUGGAAGAAUCUGAGGAAACCAGAGGGCUUGGCUUUGAUGAUCUCAGGCAGCAGCAGCGAAGGAUCAUAGAAGAGCAAGAUGCUGGACUCGAUGCUCUUUCUUCAAUCAUAUCCCGGCAAAAGCAAAUGGGGCAGGAAAUUGGGAAUGAGUUGGAUGAACAGAAUG